GACCUGAUCAGCGAGAGACCCAGCACCAGCACUGCCGGUAGUAGCCCUGCCUCAGCCACUUCGCAGGUCUCCAACGACAAGGCCGCCAUGUACCACUCGCCCGAGUUCCACCCUGCUCACUCGCACGCCGACAAGGUGCAGGAGGCCCACGAGCCCCAGCCUCACCUCCACCGUCGCAUGACCGACAACUACGAGCGUGACUUGAAGGCUCAGGCUGUCGCCGCUGGCAACCACGACCCUGAUGCCGCUCAUCUCGCCUACCGCAGCGACCCUACCAUCCCCGACGCUCCCCCUGCUCUCAACACCACUGGUAGACAGCCCAGCUUCAAGCUGAGCGACCAGAAGAGAGCUGCCAUGGAGCGUACCUUCAACUCCGACCCCAAGUCUCCCGGCUACACCACCACUUCU